GGAAAGGAAAGCAGCCUGAUGAGUUAACCUUGUUUGGUGAUGGUUCGCUUCUCGGCUCCUCCUCUCCCCCAGAGCAGGUCCAAUGAAGAGGAAGUGGCGGGUUGAGAGAGAUUGUGGGAAUUGAUGUAAAAGGCGAGGCUCCCAAUAUUCAUUCAGCAGAUUGCCCAAGAGUCUGACCUCAGGCGUAUCGGACAGAGGAGCGGGGCGCUGGGAAACUUUACAGUGAAAUUCCGCCGCCAUAAACGACGCUUCGUGAAUCACUAUUUUAUUGGAUCGAACUCACUGAUCGUGAGGCUUUGCUGGAUUUUAACUGACCCGAGCCCGCGACACGCAAACAUAACGCAGGAAGGGAUUUAUACUAUCAACAUGUGUGAUUUUUUGAGGGACCAGGAAGCCCCUGUGGCUUUGGAGACCCGAGCAGUACUAAAGCGCCAGGCAGCGUUUGAUUUACAUGAAGCUACUGGACUCAAUGGAUUGUUGUCACAUAUAGACGAAGAACAGAGCGUGCAGGAGGUUCCAACUGGCAUGUCCUCCUUUUUAUUUGAUGUUGGAACUAAUGAGGUUCCACUCCUAACCCCUGGCAGCAAAGCAGUCAUGAGCCAGGCCCUGAAGGAAAGCUUUAGUGGCUUUGCUAAGGAAAGAUGUCGUCUCAGCAUCCCAAAAGACCCUCAUGUUUGGACUGAGCAACAUGUCAAUCAGUGGCUGCACUGGGCUGUGAAUGAGUUCAGUCUGGAGAAUGUCAAUUUCCAAAAAUUCUACAUGACUGGUCGGGUCCUCUGUGAUCUUGGGAAGGAACGUUUUCUGGAGCUGGCACCUGAUUUCAUUGGAGACAUUCUUUGGGAGCAUUUGGACCAACUAAUGAAAGAUUGCCAGGAAUCACCGCAAUUGAACUAUUUUGGAACUUCCCCUCUCGUCAACACAAGCUCCCGCUGGGUGGAUAAUAACAAUUUCCUCGCAUUCUGCUCCAAUCAGUCCCAAUGUGGACACCAGCUUUCUGAUCUUACUGGAAGUUUCCUGUCAGAGCUUUGUCAGAUCUCAUCAGAUUCGAGUAACCAAGAUUUUCUCAAUUUGAACCAAGGCUUUCCAACUCUUUCUAACCCACAUCUGAAUAAGGUGGACAUGAGCUACUACCCCAUGCAGCAAAAGCGAAUGAAUGCAAACGGUCUGCAUGUUGGCAUAAUCGACCCGGUUGAAAGCAGGAAGCCAGGAUCUGUUGAAAGCGUGGAUAGCUUCGAUAGUGCAGGGGCAUUGCUGAAAUCUUGGAACAGUCAGUCAUCUCUGUGUGACAUGCAGCGUGUUCCUUCUCAGGAUAGCUUUGAUGAUGAGUAUAGCCAGCCUCUCUGUCCGAACAAACCAAAUAUCUCCUUUAAAGAUUACAUCCAAGAGAGAAAAGAGCCAUUGGAGCAAGGAAAACCGGUCAUCCCAGCAGCAGUGCUGGCUGGAUUCACAGGAAGUGGACCCAUUCAACUUUGGCAGUUCCUCUUGGAAUUACUGACAGAUAAAUCCUGUCAGACGUUUAUCAGUUGGACUGGCGAUGGAUGGGAGUUUAAACUGACUGACCCUGAUGAGGUUGCUCGGCGAUGGGGCAAACGGAAGAACAAACCCAAAAUGAACUAUGAGAAAUUGAGCAGGGGCCUACGUUAUUACUAUGACAAGAACAUUAUCCACAAGACAUGUGGCAAGAGAUAUGUCUACCGCUUCGUCUGCGACCUUCACAAUCUGCUGGGAUACACAGCAGAGGAACUUCAUGCUAUGCUCGGAGUUCAGCCAGACACUGAGGAUUGAUGUGUUUGCUGUCCCUUCAUAGCCACUUUGUUUCUUUGUAAUUUCCUAACAGUGAGAAUGUGACUGGCAGAAGCCAAAUGAUUUCACUAUGGACUGGUCUGAUAUGGUGGGGAGACGUACGUUCCGCAGGGAGGAACGGUUAAGGAGGCAUCUUCCUUUUGAUUUUGUUUUGCCAAAAUUGACACCUGGCAAUGGAACCCUUUUUAAUAUAGUUACUGCUAACCUGGUGGAGGCGUGAAGUAUUGAUUUAUUACUUCGAUUCAGCGCAGUGAUGCAUUUUCCCUUCUGGUUGCAUGUUGCCUAAUUUUUAAACAAGAGCUUUUCUUUCUUCUUUUUGUUGAAAACAUUGAGUACUCCUACAAACAAUCCAGUGCCAGCAAGAAAUUAUUUAACAAUAACAUGAGUACAUUUGUGUUAUUGUAGCUUCAAACCAAAGGUGUUUCCAUAAAAUGGGAGUGUUUUAUUUGCAAUUAAGGAUCACUCCCACAAGCACAACACUGUCCAUUGUUUUAUGAUGCCUUUCAUCUCAAGUUAGUUAAUAUUUAUCUGCCACAUGAAACAGUUCGUUUGCUAUGUUGAGAAAUGGGCUACGAAAAUUGUUACAAGUUCACAUCAGCCCUAAUAUAGUCAGGUCCUUGAAAGUAUUGGGUUGCACCCUACACUGGAGUUAUUCUCAUCUCUUUUUUUUGAUAAAUCUAAGUGUUCCUCAGAGGCCAAUGUCUUCUGAACAAAACUUGGAAACGCUGAACAGUUGCUAAGCAACUAUCAGGAAAUAGUUUAACAUGCAAUACAAUCAUUAAUCCCUUGCAAUGGUAGUCACAUCUGCAGCCUGUAAAACCAAGAGUUCCCAUAUGUCAUUGUCUUUUGUGUUGACUGUUCCAAGAAUUAGUGCUAUCCUUUUAGUGGAGGCAUGAAACUGUUUGAUAACAUUUAAAAGCUGGAGUUUAAAUACUGCAAGGUAAUUUACCAGCUUUAUAAGUGGCUCGGGCAGCUGUUUCCUGUCGCAGAGCUAUCAUUUUUUUGCUGCCAAGGUUAAGGCAUUGUGAAAGACUCCUGAGUGACAUAAGUGUGGGAGAGAUGUACAAGUAGUGUUUUUGGAAGGUAAUUAAAAAUGCAGUCCUUUAGCAGCAAUAUACUGGUGAAGGAUUCGAUCACUGGCCUUUUCUAAUAUACCAUGUAUUAUAAAGUUUAUGUAAAUAUAUGUGUAUAUAUUAUUUAUAUAGCUUACUUGUAGGGUUGCAGCAAAUAUUUUUGAUAGGCUGAAGUACCAAGAGCUAUCUUAAAGUAACUCUGGUUAACCAAUGGAAAAUUUUCUGAAUGAACUUCUAUGGCUGGGUCAUGAAUUGAGACACCUUCCAGGUGCUAGAUGCUCAUUUAAUGAAACUGGUCUUUCAUUUUGAUCAAUCUUUUUACUGUUGAUAAUUAUAAGGCAAGAAAGUUUGAAUCUUACCUUGUAAUGGCUCUACUCAGGUUUCCUACAUUUGUACAUUGGAUAUGCAGAACUUAAACUAUCUAACCAAAAGAAAAAGGUCAUUAGUUUAUUUUGGGUCAGGUACAAGGAGAUUCAUUUUAUAGAUAAUCUAUUAGUCACCUAGGAAAGGCUAGUGUUGCAGCUGGUUAUCUGCAUUGAAUUUGAGAAUUGUAUUAAAGAAGCUGGAAAAAUAUUUUGCAUAAUUUUGGAGGUUUUGCAAAUAAUGCAAAAUAUGUAAUUUCAUGUACAGUGACUACUAAUUUGUAAAAUUAAUUUUUUUGUAUAAACGGUUGUGGUUUCCAUAUUUUUACAAUAAGUCCAUUUCUUGAAACUCCUGAUGUACAUUUUUUCUGAAUGAUUGAUUGAUUGAUUGAAAUAAAUGAUAAAUCACUCUGGGGAAGAAAUUUGGUCCCAUAUGCUCUUAGAAUGCUGUUACGUCAGGAUUUUAAUCCAGCAAUGAUGACAGUAUGAUAAUCCAUGUCCAGUUUGGGAUGGAUGUGACUUGGAAGGAAACUUAAAGAUAACAGCGUUUCCAUCCUGUCUUUUGUCUUUCCAGUAGGUGACGGUUGUGGGCUUGGGAUGUAUUGCCAAAGGAACCUUGGCAUGUUGCAAAAACCCAUCUUGUAGAUAGUAGAAAUUGCACUCCUGGCGCACAAGUGAUGGACAGUGUAAAUCAUUUAAUAGGAGCAUGUGAAGCGCUGACAGCAAUUUGUUUUGCAAUGGAUGGUGUUGACCUUAUUGAAGCAGCUACCUCAUCCAGACAAAAACAAGGUAUUUCUGGAUACGUUCUGUAACCCUGCUGGUCAGAAAGGGGCACAAGUCUGGAAGUGAGCCGGUUUACCUCCAAGAAUUCAGCUUUUGACUUUCUUUGCUGGCCGUUGCAUUUAAGUGGGUGGUGCAGUUUAGUUUCUUGCUCAGUGACCAACAACUUGCAUUUAUAAGAUAGCAAAGUGUGGAGCUGGAUGAACACAGCAGGCCAAGCAGCAUCUCGGGAGCACAAAAGCUGACAUUUCGGGCCUAGACCCUUCAGAGAGAGUUAUGUAGUGUUUUUUGCCAUUACCAAAUCAUUUCACGAUUUUAAUGUCACUGUCAAUAGGAGUUAGAUUGGACUUCUGCUGGAGAUGGCCAUUGCCUGGCAAUUGAAUAGUACGAUUCUUAAUUGCCUUUUAACAACCUAAGCAUUUGUCACAAUUCACUGAAGAUGACUUAAUGUUUAAGCCUUUUAUGGAAUUUGUCAGAUUAAUUCCCACUGUUACGGCCACUAGGUUUCAUUUCAGAUAAGUUUUACACUCACCCAGUAGCAUUAGCACGAGAAAGCUAUUUCUACUAAUCAUCACAACCAAAGCCAUCCUACCCUCAAUCAACAUCUACAUACCUAUAAUUUGCUGGAAGCUAUCAGGACGAGAGAACCUCAGUAAUUCCCUAAUCAAGGGGGACCACUGUGCCACCCUGAAACAGUUGAUACCAACUAACAUAAUGACAAAUCAUAAUUUAGGACUUUGUGUUCCACAUGAUUUAACACGCUCCCAGUACUGAAAAUGGGUAAGAAGGCCUUCUGACCACCUACAAAGAACAAGUGAAGAAUAUGAUCCAAUAUGCUAGAUUCUCCUUUGAAAAUACUGCUUAGGAGCAGGAAAGAAAAACAUGUAGGAUGUGUCAAUAUUGCUUGGCAUGAAGUUGUAUUUUUCCAAGUGGUAUAGCUUUUAAAAAAAACUUGGCACAGUUCCUGGAGGUGCAUAGCAGCUGAAUCUGGCAGUGGUAAUGAAGUGCGUCAGAGGAUAGUAAAUUGACCUAAUUUGGCCAGCUAUUUAGUUUUAGCUUGAGUUUGUCAUAGUGCAAUUUGUGCCUGAGCAACUUAUGGCAUGGGAGGAGUUGCAGUGGUUAUUACAAGAAAAUGUGACUAGAUUGUGUCAUUGCUAACAGUGCCAACACCAAUGUACGUGGAGAGUUAAUAACAAUUUUUUAAAAUUGUGGAAGAUCCCAAAGUGAAUAUUUGUCAACUUUGAAAACCCAUGAAAGUUGAACUAGAACUCUUGCCUUUGCUGAGGUACGCUUGGAAUAAUUUAUGAUACCCUAAAUAUCUUAUCUGAACUUGUAAGACAUGUAGAUCAGUUGAUUAAAAACAAAAUUUGGAGCAGAAAUAUUCAAAUUUUGAUAAGCCUCAUUCUUCUAUGCAUCGUACAGCUUUUCAUUCUACAAAGAUAGAUGAAAUAAGUGCCAUACCAGAUUAUCAGGGGAAGCAGGACUUGUAGUAUCUCUAGCUGUUGAUAGGGCACAGGUUAAAGGUGAGAGGAUGAAUGUUGUUCAAACAGAGGGUGGUGGGUGCCUGGAACGCACUGCCAGUGGAGGUGCUAAUACAGGCACAAUAGUACCGUCUGAGGCUUAUCUUGAUAGACACCUGAACAGGAGAAGAACAGAGGUAUAGAAACCACACAUGGGCAAAAAUAGCGAGUCUAAAUAAGGAUUAGAAUCAGCGCAGGCAUGGUGGGCCUGUUCCUGAGCAGUAUUGAAUUGGCAUUCUGUUUAAAUAUUUUGAACCUUAUCUAGAACUCUGCAAGCAAUCUCUCUCGAAGCAUUCUGUAACCAAUAAAACCAAAUACAGGAGACGGCAUUUUGUCAAGAUCCGAUAUGGUCUUAUUUCUUUGGCACAUUGAAUCUGAAACAAUCAACACAUAACAGUUUGAUAAUGUAGUGUCAUUGGAUAAUACUUUUUAAUUGAGGCUUCAUCGAUUGGCACCUGAAACUGCUUUAUCACAGACCCCUGAUUUCUAUCGCUUAAACAAGGCACUUGAGCCAUGUCAAACAAGACUACCAGGUAUAAUGAUGGGUGUACUAGGAAUGAAGGUCAGAAUGUAAGCCAACCUUGAUGAUUUUGAGUGUGAAAUGCCAAGGAAAAUUUACCUCUUUGUCUUGUUAUUUAAGACAAAUCUAAAAUAUCAACCAACAACUGAAUGUUCAGCAAAUGUUUUGCAACAAGUAAAUUGUCAUUUAAGAGAUCAGCUAAGAAAACUGUCCCUGUCAUUAUGCAACAAAUUUCAACACAAUAAAUCAUUGUGUGGUA